GUACUACGCCACCGCCACCAUCGACCAGAUGCACGCCGCCCUCACACAGCAGAACACGACCCUGGCCCAAGCAGGCAUCUCCCAGCUGCAGUAUGACGUCACCAAGGACGCCGCAUACUAUGCCAUCACCAUGAAAAUGCACAAGACGCCGCCCGGUCUGCGCUUCUUGGCGUGCUCCCACGCCUGCCCAGUCACCGCCAUCAGCGACGUCGUCACCGCCAGCCUUCGCACGCUCGCCGACGCCUUCCGCGACAUGUGGCGUGACCGCAUCGGCACGGAUCCCUGGUUCUGCCUCCACUCUGGCGCGGUCAUGGACUCCGUCUAUGCCUUUAAUGCGCAACAGCUACCACGCUCUAGCGUCACCGCGCCCCAGGCAUUCGACUUUGCUCGGCUCUACACCAACAUCCCCCAUGCGGAGCUUGCCGACACCAUGGCGUCUCUCAUCACCGCCACGCUCGCACAUGCCCAGCGAGUGGCCAUCGCAGUGACCGUCACGCCGCCCAAGACGCCCGACGGCCGCCGCAAGUACGACGCCACACUGCUGACAUCCGACGCCGCCCACAAUGCGCCUGCCUACCGGCGCGACCCCAUGACCGACGUCGCCGUCCACACCUUCACGCGCGACCAGUUCCUGGUCCUGUUCCGGAGCCUGGUCUGCUCCACGUUCAUCCGGUUCGGCACGUUCGCCCUCGUCCGGCAAACGUGCGGCAUCCCCAUGGGCAUCUCCGCUGCCCCCUUCAUUGCCAACCUCUUCCUCGCAUGGUUUGAGUACCGUUUCUUGACACAGCCCGCCGCCACAGCUCAGCGCCAGCGUGUCCUGCACGCCUUCGACCUCACCAAGCGGUACCUGGACGACUUGUUGGCCCUCAACAACCCCUUCAUCACCCGCCUCCUCAGCGUGGACCAGCGAUACGCCGGGCUACACGGGCUGUACCCCGCCUCACUGCAGGUGGAGGCGCAGUCGCACCCCCACUUGCAAGCGCAGCUGGCCGCCGGCACCGCCGCCAUGCCGUUCCUGGACAUCUUGCUCAUCCUGCGCACCACGCCAGCCGGCCACGCGCGCAUCACCACACGCCUGUACGACAAGCGGGUGCAGCCGGUGUUUGACGGUGUGCGCCUGUCCCGCUUCAUUGGCACGGACAGCAACGUCAAUGAAGCCAGCAAGCGCAACAUCUUCACCGGCCAGUUUCAUCGCCUGCGGCGUGUCGUCACGGAGGUUGAGAACUUCGCCUUUGAGACUGCCAACCUCAUCACCGCCCUGACGCGCAUGGGCUACCGGCGGCCCCGCCUCCUGGGCGAUCUUCAGCGCAUGCUGCAGCGCACGCCUGAAGCCUACUACGUGCAACGACGCCAGCGGCACCGCCCCGAAUAUGCCGACUUGGUGGGCCUCACCCGCCAGUACCUCGCCGGCCGCCGCCACUUCGACAGCACUGCCAGCCCCGUGGAACUGGCGCAGUCGCAUUAUUGGUGAUUAUUUGGUUUACUCCUGGUUUUAUGUCUAAUUGGUUUUUU